AUGCUGCGAGAUCUCAUCUCGCGCUACAACAGCGAUGGCGGUGGCAAGAUGCAGCAGAUGGAGAGAGAUCUCGAGGAUGUGGCUGACAUUACUCAAAAUGCCCUGGCCAAGGUCAUCGAGCGCGGCGAGCGCAUCGACUCUUUGCUCGACAAGACCGCCGCUUUGAAGUCGGAGUCUGUCUCUUUCCGAACGAAUGCAAAGCGCUACAACGAUGAUCUCUGGUGGCGAGACCAGAGAGGCCGAAUGCUCCUCGGCAUCGUUGCCAUGGCGGUCAUCGUUGUCAUCACCUUUCUCAGCGUGCAUCAGAACGAGCAUGUCGCAGCAGAGCGAACAUCAUCCCGGCUUGGAUAUGGGCAGAGAUUCCACGGGCUGGUCAUGGACAGGACCAACUGCCUCACGAUUGGGAGCCUCAGCACUCAAGCAGGUGAAGCUUGCAGGGCUGCAUUGUCCACUUGCUUCGGAAUAGGCCAGCGGCUUCUCCACGGAUUCGAGGCCGAGCCCGCAGAGGCGAAAGAAACGGAGACGGAGAUGGCGGAGGCGGAGGAAGCCGAGGCCGAGGAGACACCUGGCUCCCGCGAAGUAAGAGUGUGGCGUUCGAUGAAGGGUCUGACGUCGCAGUCUCAACUCGCUUUCGAAGAUUUGUCGCCUGCCGGUGGAGAACAGCAGCCGGAAUCAGGCUCUUCUGGCGACUCGAGCUGCGAGGUGCAAGAGAUCCUUGAGCCAGAGACGCACGGGACGCUUCCCAAGGAGGGCACAGCCUCCUCUGAGACAGAGCCGGCAGACACAGGCACCGGCACCGAGUCGGACACAGCUUUGCCUGAAGAUGUGGCCCUGCUCGAAGAGCCCUACUCCGCCAGUGAAGGAAGUGAGAGGCUCAGCACAGACACUGCGGCUCCCGUCAACGCCGUGGACAUGGGGCGCAGCCUCCUGGAGCUCCUCAGGACAGGGGCGGCAGCGAAGCAAACUGACACCUCUGCUGUGGAAGAAACCCAGCUCAUCUGUCAAGCCACUCUUGAAAAGAAAACCGAGGAGCCAGAUGAAUUCAGCUCUCCUUUGCCACUGCCACACAUAGCCGGACUGAGCUCAGCACUUUGGGAGAGUUUGGUCUGGCCAUUGAUGGAUCCAAGGCAUCCAAAAGCCUUCGUCGGACACGAUGCAUUCAGAGGAUGCUCGCACAUGCCAACCGGACUCCGACCUCAGGUCCUGGUGGAUGAACGCAAGACCUAUCAGAUCAUGGCCAUGUUCAAGCCUUCUGGAUGGGCAACCUGCUCAACCCCUCAAUGGGAAGGCCUCGAAGGCAACCUCAUUCGACACGUGUGGUGCUACUUCAAUGCCCCAACUGCGGCUCCCUGCCAUCGCCUCGACAAAGGCACCUCCGGCAUCGUGUUGGUGGGCACCAACAAGACGGCUUCCAAGCACAUCUGUCAGCAAAUUCUUAACAAAGGGAUCGUGAAGCAGUACGUGGGCCUCUGCCAUGGCAUGGUGGAGCCAGGGAUGGGCGUCUUCUCAGCGCCCUUGGCUCUGAGCCGUGCAGACAGGCCUCUUGGUGCCUGCUCAACGGAGGGCCGUGAAGCGGUGACCCGCUUCCGGGUCCUUGGAUACUUCCAUGGUGCUUGGGGGAGCUUCAGCUUGCUCCAGGUGCAGAUCGAACAUGGACGACAGCACCAGAUCCGACCCUUGGCUGCAUUCCCCAAGCCACCCGCUUCCCAGAGGUCGGCAAUGGCGCUCACAGAUGACUUGUUCCAGGCAGUCGUGCCGGAAGAUGUUGCAAAGCUGGGGCUGGUGUUCACGAGUUUGCCCCCUGGCCACAUCGAAGUGAAGUCAGUCUCCUCCGGAAGCUGGGCUGCUGAACAGGAAAUCCUGCCAGGAGACUCUUUGGUGCGAGCGCAGGGUAGAGACCUGGAGCAGGUCUCUGAUGAUGAUUUUCGUGACAUCACGCAACAGCGUCCUCUCACGCUGGUCUUCGUGGCAAGCGAUUCGGAUGUACAGGCAAAGAGACUUGCAAGGAUCGCCGCUGAGGCUCAAGAGGCCAAGGCCAAGGCCGCCAAAGCUGAGGUCGCUAAGGCUGAGACAGCCAAGGCGGCAGCUGCCAAGGCUGCGGCCGCCAAGGCUGCGGCCGCCAAGGCUGCGGCAUCCCAGGCUGAGGCAGCAAAAGCUGAGGCAGCAAAAGCUGAGGCAGCAAAAGCCGCGGCAGCCAAGGCCGAGGCCGCCAAGUCCGAGGCCGCCAAGGCUGCAGCAGCAGAGGCCGCCAAGGCUGAGACAGCAAAAGCUGAGACUGCAAGAGCUGAGGCAGCGAAGGCUGCAGCAGCGGAGGCCGCAAAAGCUGAGGCAGCCAAGGCUGCGGCCACGAAGGCUGAGGCUACCAAGGCUGCAGCCAAGGCUGAGGCCACAGCCAGUGACACGCCGCUCUCGCAGCCACAGACGCCUCCUGCCCAGCCACAGACAAAAGCCGAAUCCAAAGUGACCAAGCCCGAAGCAAAGGCCUCAGUCGAAGCUCCAGCGGCUACAGAGGCCCCAGCAUUGGCAUCGGAAUCUAGUGAAGUUCCAGUCAAGCAAGGCCAUGACGACCAUCUUUCCCCCGAUCCACCGACAAAACCGGUGCCGACUUCAACCACAUUGGCUGCAGAUCCACCAGCAAAGCCAUCCAAACUCACCACCAGCAGCGCAAGCCAGAAGGGCACCUUGAAUGCUUCUCCAGCAGAGGCCACGGCAAAGGUUUCGGCAGAUGACUCAGUGACCCCUGCGCUUGCGCCCUCCCUCCCAAGGAACAAAGAGGUGGACCCGGAGCCCGUGUCGCAGAACACGCUCAGAAGCCAGUCUGGAAGCCAAGCGAAAGCAACUGAGCUGAAGCCAGGCGGAGCUGGACCAAGAGCUGCAGCGAAGGUGUCAGAGAGACAUCAGGAAGCCGAUGUGCAGGCGGUGGAUGCGUCCUUAUACAGGCCGACACCCGAGGUGGGGAACGUCCACGAGGCGAUGCCGAAGCGGCAAGCAGCUCGCAUGUCCGAUCCCGAGCCAAGUGCGACGCCUGCAAGCUUCAGAGAGCCCAUCAAGCCCGGCGGACAUGGUCUUGAAGAAGAGCUCGCAGAGAGUCGGGCAGAGCUCCAAACCGCACAUGCAGAGCGGGCAAAGCUGCGAGACGAGGCCAGAAGUGCCCAGGGCUUGAUCAAGCGGCUCCGCAGUGAGCUGGCUGACGCCCAAGUCCGGACUCGGGCUCCUACGAGACAGUCGCAUCAGUCGCAGGCCGAGGCCGAGGGUGCAAGUCUCCCGAGACUCGACGAGCUGCGCCAGGAACUGGACGAGGCUCGAGGCGAGCUUGCGCGGCAGAAGAUGCAUGGGUCUGGACCGAGGGAGAGUCUCCUCAAGACAGAGCUGGGAGAGUUGGAGGCGACCAUGAAGAAGGUGAAAGCAGAUCUUCAGAGGUCGCAGCAGGCCGUGCGGAAUUGUGAAGCAGAGAUGAUGAGCGAAGCCGAAGGAGGUGGUGGCUCCGGCUCCGGCAGUCUCCCUUUACGCAUGGAGCAGGCCGUUGCACGCGGCCUGCAGCGGCAGCUGGUGGAGGGAACGGUGUCCGCCAGCUACAAGGCGAGCCAAAGUCAGGAGAAUGAGAUCGAAAGUGUUAGGACGGAGCUGCGAAUAGAAAAGGCUGCCAUGCGCUCCUUUCACCGAACAGCUGGGAGCGACAUAGAGUCAACUGUCCAGCAGGCAGUACAGCAAAGAGAAGACCUCAAACAGUCCCUGGUGCGAGCCGAGAAUGCUGCGGUCCGUGGUUUGCGAAGGCGCAGUGACGAAGCGAGACGGAUGACGCUUCAGUUAGAGGAUCCAUUGGUGCAAGAAGCAAAUGCCAUCCGCAGCACGAUUCCGCAGCAAGAAGAAAUGGAGGAGUUUUUGUCUGGUCAGCUCCGAAACCUGGAAGAGGCCACUGCCGCUAUGGUGGAGGGCGACUUGGGAAGGGACGCCUUCCAGCUUGUGGCAAAGGCCCAAGGGUUUGAUUUCGCCGAAACCACAGCGGCCAGAGCGCUAGCCGAGGAAGCGAAGGCUCUGGCCCAUGCUGAAGAAGCACGGAAAGAGCUUCACGACUCUGACUUGUAUGCCGCACGGGUGGAACUGCACAAAGAAAGAACCCUUCGUCUGAGGGCAGUCGACGAAAAUACAGAGUUGCUGCAGCGCCUCUCUGGAGCAUCCCCUCCUUCAGUGACCGGGCAGGCACAGAGCCAGCCCUUACAUCAGAGCCCGCAAGCGCUGCUUGCCCAGGCUGAUGUCCAGCCUCAGCCCUUGCAGGCCAUCCAGGCCCCUCCGGAUCCUCAGGCGCAGCACCGCGCAGAGCCGCCCGACUCCUUGCGGGCAUCUUCUCUACCGGGUGCAGCAGACCUGUCGGAUGGCCCAGUGAUGGAGGCACUCCCGCGGCCAACAGAAACUGAGCCUGGCCUUCGUCAGAUUGCGGACGACCUCGACAAGGUUCAGAUUGCCUUGCUUUCCAUCAGCGGUGACUGGCAUGGCGAAAGCAUGAUGCCGAAGCUUCGCAGCCCGUUGCGGUCCGACCAGACGGCAGACCCACAGCUGCUGCAAGAACAAGAUCCCCCCGUCCCGGACAUGCAGGAGGAAGUCAACCGUCUCGAAGCACAGAUCCAGCUCCAGAGCGAGAAGUUGUCCGAACAGCAGGGAACUUUCCAGGAGGUCUUAGACUCGACGGAGCUCUUGGGCGAGGCCGCCCUCCAAAGCGAGCAACAAGCGCAGCAGUUGGAGGAGGAGCUGCUCGGUGUACGCCUGGCCUUCCAACUGCAAAGCGAAGAGUUGGCUGAGGUCGCCGUUUCGGAGGUUCGGGACAGCUCCGCCAGACGUUCGGAGAAGCAAGAGGGCUCAAAAGGGCAGACGGAGAAGCGUCCGGGGAGAAGUUCCUCACCGACUGUAGGGGCAUCAGAAUCGGAAGAGUCCGGACGACCUGGGCGACAGCGACAGUUGACCCCGGGCCGGAGGCCUUUGCCCCCACGCAGCCCGAGCAUCACCGUGGGCUCUGUUGCUCAGGGGUCGGCGCGACCGCCGAGAUCCCCACCUGCUGUAACCGGCCGCUCUACCUCACCUUUGCCCUUGCCCUCGCCUUCCUUUGGCUUUCCUGGUUUCUCAGAUAUUCUUGGAGAUGACCCCUCGAACUUACCAUCGCCGAGUGAAGCUGUGCAUCGCCCAGACGAAGCCAUGCUGCCUUCACGACGUGCAAGUCCGCAGUUCUCCGUCGGCUCGCCGUUCUCGGAAGCAGAUCCUGUGGAGGGUUUUUCCAGACCCUCCCGAGCAGAACUCGAGGACAGCCUCGCAGACUUGGAGGCUGCUGUUUCGCAGAUGGAGGCGAAGUACGCAGAGCUGGAGCAAUCUGUUUCGCAGGCAGAGACAGAGGCGCAGGAGGCGCAGGAGGCGGCCGAGGCCUUGCAAAGGUCUCAUGCAGAAGGCAGGCGCUCUCUGAUGGAAGGCCGGCAUGAAGGUCUGCAGAUGCGGCAGGCAGCUUCUGCCCAUGCACCUCCUGCGCCUCCUCCACCUGCACCUGCCGAAGCCACCGGUCCUAAUCCACGGACCGUGGAGCUGCAUGCGGAAAUUCUGGCACAGAUGCAGGAGGAGGAGAAGCGUUGGCGCAAGCGCUUGCAGGUCGAGCGUCGCAAAGCUGCAGCAGCCGCCCUGCGCGCGGUUGCAGAGGAGUCCUCAGAGCAGGAAGCCGGCCUGAGGCAGCAGUUGCAAAGAGCCGUCGAGCGGGGUCAUCAGCUGGAGGAGGAGCUUCUUCAACGGGGCCUGUCAUCUUCGGCGUGGGCGGGAGACGAGCUUUCGAAUGCGGCUCCAGCAGUGAUGGAUGGUAAGGUUGCUGCGAAGGAAGAGAGCAUGAAAGUUGUUUUGAUCGAGGACUCUGCUGAUCAUACUGAGGCCUCCAACAGCAAAGUUGAAGACUUGGAGGUCCAGGUGGAACAACUGAAGAAAGAAGUAACGGAGCUGCCUCGCCUCCGAUCCUUGCUGGAAGCAGCAGAGAAGCGACUAUCAAAGGAGGAUGAAUCGCAGGUCGAGUUGGAAAAGAUACGGCGCGCUUUACGAGACGAGAACCAGAUGGCAGUUCUAUCUGCUGUUCAAGGUGCAAAGGACACUGAGGACAUGCUGCGUACUGCCCUAGCGGCCGAAGCCACUUGCCAACUCAUGGCAGAGUCAGAAGCCGAACGAGCCGAGGCGGCAACCGGCGAAGCUCGUUUACUUUUGCAAGAUCUUAUGGAUGCCAGCCGCAGUGAGUUGUUGGCCUUGCGUGCUUGGAUGGAAGAAGAAGCACAAGACUCUUCCGGCAGGUUAGGAGAGGCACAACAAGCUUUGCAUUUGGCCGGAGAGGGGGAAGCAGCUUUGGUUAAGCUUGGGGAGGAGGAGGUUUCUGCUGCCGAAGCCCGUGCAGAGCUAUCCCAGGAGCAAGCAACGCGAGCCCUCGAGUUGCAAGCUGCGGGUUGGUUUUACUUUGCGGAGACCGAAGGCUGGUCCGAAGGCGAAGCUGCAGAAGCUCAGCUGAUGCAUGCCAGUCGCCAGGAGGAGGCAUGCCUCCUUGACCAGCGCGAUGCCUCGAUUCACGCGGCCACGACCGAGGCGAGUGCGCUGCGUGCUGAGGCGGCUGCCAUGCGCAAGGAGGCCUUGGGCCUCCGGCACGACUUGAGCAAGGAAGAGGUUGCCUUUGAGCAGAUGAAGCUCGUUGCAGACCGGGCACGUGCAGCCGAGUCUGCUACACUGCGAUCUGCCCUGACCGAGGUGCGGGCUGAGGCUGCCAGGGGUGCGUCGAUCAUGCACCGUGCAGAAGAUGCGGAGAAGGAACUUCGAAGGCUGAGGCAUGACCAGGCCCAGAAGGAAGCACACCUGAAGGACCUGACAGAUCAGCUCUUUGAUGCAGAGCGCCGGGCUACUGUGGCAGUAUCUGCCAUGGGAACCCCAUUGGCCAUUACAAACGAUGCGAGAAGGGAGAGGCUCGGCCGAACUUUCGACAGAGGACCAGGUCAGGGCCCAGUCCCUUCGCUGCCGGUGCCCAGUUCCGGGCACGCAGGGCCGGUGGGCGACGCGUCAGGUGCAGGAGCUGCAGGAACCUCCGAUGGGCUCGGCGACAAGGCGGCGAUGCUGCGCGCCAGAGCCGAGGGCUUGAAGGGCGAGGUUGAGCGCUGGCAAGCUGCCCGCAACAGCCAGAGCUCGCGUAGGUUCGGGGAUCCGGAGCAUUACCAACAGCGGGCCAAGUUGGCGCGGAUUCUGAAGACGAUGAAGUCUGCUGCGAGUCCGCGAAGAGAUCCAGGUCUGCACAUGGCGUCGCUUGGGCAUCCCAUAGUCGCCGAUGCUCGGUACAACCCCCACAAGGCAAAAGAUGAUGCCGAGAUUUGCCCACGGUUAUUCCUACAUGCAUGCUACUUGCGCUGUACAUUGCUGUCCAUGGAUUCUAUGGAGUCGGAGAAGAAGGAAGAUCCCUUUGCUGUUGCUUGCCACCUGCCUCCAGAACUGCGUCGUGUUCUGCUCCAUGAGCUGAGCUUGGACAGGACAUCCAGCGCACGGCUUCCUGAAUCUGCACGGCAGUUGUGUGAGGUGCUUCUUCAUCCGGAGGAAAGUCAUGGCCACGGGAACCGGCACUCGAUACAGCGCCGAGCUGACAUGGACGAGCUUCAUGAGAGUCGCUUGACUCUUCGUCGAAGAGAUGAGUUCAUGCGCCGCUUCCACUUCAAUAGCAAGGAACGUACGGAAAUCAUACGCAUUUUGGGCCAACUCAAGACAAGCAAGGAGCGAAGUGCAGCUCUUCAACAGUUCCGAGUUCUAGGACAAAGAACACCCGACUUCAUCGUAGGUCGAUUUGCAAAAUAUGUGGACGGGCUCCUGCGCUGGAGUCCUUGCAAGAACGGCUCCACUGGAGAGGAUGAGCUUGCUCCGGACAUGUGUGCCGCGUGCAAGGCCAAGGUCCCGGAGGCUCCGGAGGCGGAAGCUCCUUGCGCAGAGUCUACCGCCGCGCCGGAGCAGCUCACGGAGAUGCCCCAGGUGAGUGGCCCGCUACAGAUCCUGACAGAGUCGGUAUGGUGUGAUGUCUGUGGGGAGGUGGAAAAGCAGGUCUCGGUGCAGGCUCCAUCGUUGGAGCUUCGCAUGCGCCUGCCUGGCAUUAAUGGUCGCAGGCCUCCCUGUCAGCCGGUUCGGAGACGCAGGAACACCAGAGAUUUCCGCACGACCUGGAAAGUGAAGAACAGUGGAAAGAGGGCAGCUGAAGAGCAUGAAGAUGAGGAGCUCGAGGAGGACUGUGAGGAGGAGGAUGACGACAACGACGAUGACGAGGACGAUGCAGUCGAUGACGAUGAUGAGGCUGAGGACGACGACGAGGAAGAGCAGCUGGAGGAAGUAUCCUCCUACAGAACCAGGAGGUGGCAGCCUGCCGGCUACAAGGCGAAAGAGCCAGCAGCUGCAGAUGCGCAGGCUCAAGUUCAAGACCUCCAGCGUACAGUUCGAGACUUGGUGGAAGGAAGAGGCGGCUCUGUGGAUGGCGUUUGGCUCGCUGGCAAAGUAGCUCCAAGCUUCAACAUGUAUGUCCGAGAGAACACUAGGCGGAACGAUGGCAGCCUCAAGAAGUGGUUGAUGUCCAUACCAGGCAUCGAGGUUGAGACAGACACGCAUCAAAGCCAGUGGCGCGUCAAACUCGCUUGA